CCUGCGCCUCAAGUGUCAACACUUUCGAAGUAAAACUUUAUUCCGCGCAGCUGUCACAAGGAUUACAGGGUAAACGUUAGCAUUGUCAUCACAGUCAUCCGACAAUCAUUGUACAAGCAACAUCAGAAAUCAGAAAGAAAUUCUUAUCACAUCUGCAACAUGCUGCAAAAUACCAAAUUCUAUAAGCACGCUUUGGAGGCACAGAAGGUGCAAAUGCCAGAGCCAUUGCCACCGAAUUAUAUCGACAACCUGCACGAGAUAUUCUUCGAGCAGAUCUUUGAGCGCAUCGAUUAUCUGAGCGAUCAGGUGAGAAUGGCACGUGCCUAUCCACAGUUCCUGCCCCAGAUCCUGAAGAUGUGGCAGAAGCGUUGGCACUAUCGCAUUGUGGGUCCAAACACCGCCUUCCUGGGACUCUUGGACAUCGAGGACUAUGUGUUCUUCAUGGAACAAAUGGCCGAUCGCUUCACGGAGCUGCAUGUCCAUGAGGAUGGCGUUGGAGCCUUUGCCGAGUUCUACGAUUAUAUAACGCAUCUGUGCGACAUCAACAUAACACGAUUCCCCAGUGUGGAAAGCUGUGUCCUGGGUGGUAAUCCGACUACCAUGGUGGACGAGGACAUACGUGAUCUGGCCGCAAUGCUGCCCAAUCUGAAACGCCUCACAAGCUGCAUGAAUCUCUCGGGUCUCUACAUGCGGGGCUUCAAGAAGCUGGAGCAGCUGGUGUUCAAGUCCAUGUACCACUCGGUGCCCCUUGACAGCCGCUGGAUGCAGGAGAUCUGCCUGGGCAUGACCCAACUGCGUGUCUUGGACAUCACCGACUCCUUUGACAGUAGCGUCCGUCUGCAUGACAUCAAGCUGCCCAAUCUGGAGGUGCUCAAGAUCAAUCUGAGCAGCGUGGAGUGCAUGCUGUCCCAAGUGCUUCAAUUACCCAAACUUCGCAAGUUGGCCAUUAGGUUUGACGAUUCCCGUCAACUGCACGCCGACCAGGAGACCAUCUUCCAGCAGAUCAUUGUGGCCAAGAGCGAGUCCAUCUCCAGAAUUGCCCUCAACAAUGAGGUGGUUCAAUUGCCGGCACGCUGGCAGAACAGUCUGCUCCUGGAGCUGCCCAAGCUGCGUGCUCUGGUCUGUGAGAAUUGGUACCACGAUGUGUUCUUCCUAGAUCGCCAGCACAUACCCUGCCACCAGAUGCAGGUGCUCAGCUUCAGUGGCUGGGAGGUGGUGCGUGAGUACCAGCUCCUCGAAAUGGUCGCCGAGUGUCCUCAGCUCACCCAACUGGCCCUGAAUGCCUAUCACAGCAACACCGACAAGCUGCAGAAGCUGCUCAGCUUACGGCAUUAUGAGCGCAACCCGAAGAUGUUGCAAGUCUUCAGCGAUGUCAUGUGGACUCAUCUGAGUCCCGACGAGUAUCUCCACUGGCAACGUGGCAACAAGUACGUCCAGGUUACCUGCGAUGGCACCGACUACGAGUACCAGGAGGAUGGCUUCGAGUUUGACUUUGUCUAGGCCGAAAACUAACUUUAAUUGUACAUAUAACCCUUGGCAUAUUGUCUUGUAAAUAUUUGAUAAUAAAGAACUGCAUUGGCUAAAAUGAAA